UGCAGUUUAAGUUCCGCUUUAUUGACUAUUUAAGGUGAACUAGUAAGAGUCUUGAAUAUAUUCUCUCAGACACAAGCAGUGAGAGUUGAAGAUCGACUGUGACAAUGGAGACACAAAGGAUCCUCAUGAGGAGUUUGGCUGUUGUGUUUUUUGCAUCUGUGAUCUGGACUAUAACAGUCUCAGCAGAUGCUCAACAGAAGAAGUUCACAUGCUGUACUUUCGUCUCCAACCUAACUCGAGCAAACUUUACUGAUCCUAUCAUCGGUUUCAGGAUGCUAAAACAUAGUCCUCCAUGUGUGAAGGCCGUCGUCGCUGAGACUGAACGAGGAGAGUUCUGCCUUGACUGGAGACUACGAUGGGUGCAGGAGGAAGCUAAGCAGUUUUUCAGAGCUCAAAGAAACAAAAGACUGACUUCCACGCCACCACCAGCAUCAUCUAUCAGUAAACUCCUGACUUCCACGCCACCACCAGCAUCAUCUAUCAUCUCAGCAGAUGCUAAAGAGAAGAAGGUGGGGACAUGCUGUACUGUCGUCUCCAGACUAACUCGAGAAGAGUUUCCUGAUCCUAUCAUCGGUUUCAGGAUGCUAAAACAUAGUCCUCCAUGUGUCAGGGCCGUCCUCGCUGAGACUGAACGAGGAGAGUUCUGCCUUGACUGGAGACAAGCAUGGGUGCAGGAGGAAGUUAAGCAGUUUUUAAAAGAGCAGUUUCUCAGUGAGAGGUUUCUGCUUAUAGCAGGAGAUAUCGAUGAGGCCAGCCUGAGCUCCAGAGGAGAACAGGAAAGAAGGAACACCUUGCUGUGUGGCCACAUUGACAAGCAGGGGGCAAAUGCAACAGCACAGCUGUUCCUAGUGGACAACAUGUUUUCAAAGACUCCCAGACAUUAUGAGCGCAAGCUCGCACGUGGUGUCCCGGGGACCUUUCGCUCUUCAAGCCCGGCUGUAAGAGAUCCGAUCUCCUCUUCAAGCCAUCGUGCAGUCUGUGGACCGCACUCCCCAGAAUCUGUUUGCGACAAUAACGCAGAGCGCAGCUCGCACUGA